CACUGUGCAGGGUGGGUGGAGGCAAAACUGAUAUCAAAUAAGGGCAUCAAACUGAGAUCCGGAUGUUCUGUUUAAGUUGUUGCUCAUUUUUAUUAGCCCCAUCAGGGUAAAAAGCUUGCAACUUCUACUUCCCCUGCUGCAGAAACAGUAAUUUUGGAUAGAUUGAUAUUUUUGUUCUCCAUAAAGACUGAAUUCGUGCUACAUCGUGGAUAUAAAUGAAGGGGGUUCUCUAUCCUUUUUUCCAAAAUUUUUAUUAUUAACCCAUCAGACUUCAGCCCAGUUAGAUAAAAGAGAGAGGUUCAGAUGUGAAGCAGUCAAUGAGGGUGCGAGUCUCCCCCGGGAGCCGAAAUCCAAAGUAGAGCGAUGCUGCUGGGAGGCUUCUCCGCUUGUCUGCAGGGGCUCCCUCUGUCUUUUCCAAAGGGCCUGGGGCGCUGGAACUAUCCAAGGUGCUAGGAUGCGGGCAGCUUCGCCCUUCUAUCAGGCGGAUGGCAGAAGCAGAGGAGAGAGAUUACUGCUUAUUUCAGAAGGAAGAACAUUGAAUAUGCUCUGAUAUGCAAUGAAGACGACCCUGGGGCUCGACACUUUUCCCAUCCAGACACAACGCACUUUAACUGAAGACAAUUUCAGCUGAACUACACGUCCGUGUCAUAUGGUGCUGGAUUACUCCUCCCAAACUGCCCUGAGACCAGCCUGAGCAAGGGCUCCGUCAGACCCAAGUCACCCUCUGACUACUGCACUUAGCUCUCCCUGGGGACUUAUAUUUUGGCAGUGAUCAUUCUGCAUGAUACCCUCUGGGAUGAUGAGUGCGAAUCCUGAUGAAGACCCUCUGGACGCCUUUCUCCAGUAUAUUGAGGAUGUGGGGAUGAAGGCCUAUGAUGGCCUAGUGAUUCAAAACGCAUCUGACAUUGCUCGGGAGAAUGACCGCCUGAGAAAUGAAACAAACAUGGCAUACUUGAAGGAGAAAAAUGAGAAACGCCGGAGACAGGAAGAGGCAAUAAAGCGCAUCGGCGGAGACGUGGGGCGAGGCCAGGACGCCAGCUACGCGGGCAAGCACUUCCGCAUGGGGUUCAUGACCAUGCCUGCUCCUCAAGACCGACUCCCGCACCCUUGCUCCAGUGGCUUCGCCGUGAGAUCACAGUCCCUGCACUCGGUUGGGGGCACCGAGGACGACAGCAGCUGUGCCUCCCGGAGACAGCCUCCCCCCAAACCCAAGCGAGACCCCAGCACCAAGCUGAGCACUUCGUCUGAAACGGUGAACAGCUCUGCAGCCAGUAAGAGCGGGAAGCCCGCGGAGAGGGCGGAAGUGUCUGCUAAACCAAGACCCCACAGUGAUGAGUACUCAAAGAAGAUCCCCCCUCCGAAACCUAAGCGGAACCCCAACACCCAGCUCAGCACGUCUUUCGACGAAACGUACAUCAAGAAGCGCGGGCCUCGGCGGACCUCCCUCCCGCGGGACUCGUCCCUGUCCCAGGUGUGCGGCCCCGCCGGGGACCCGGAGGAAGAGGAGCCAGUGUACAUCGAGAUGGUGGGGAACAUCCUCAGAGACUUCAGGAAGGAGGAGGACGACCAGAGCGAGGCCGUGUACGAGGAGAUGAAAUACCCCAUUUUCGACGACUUGGGCCAGGACCCCAGAUGCGACUUGGACCACCACAGCUGCUCCUCGCAGUGCGCUACGCCCACCGUGCCGGACCUCGACCUGGCCAGGCCGCCGGCGCCCUGCGCCCCCAGGGGCUCGCUGUGCGACAUCCCCGCGCCCUUCCCCAACCUGCUCUCCCACAGGCCCCCGCUGCUGGUGUUCCCCCCAGCCCCAGCGCACUGCUCCCCCAAUUCCGACGAGUCUCCCCUGACCCCACUGGAGGUCACCAAGCUGCCGGUGCUGGAAAACGUGUCCUACAUGAAGCACCCGGCGGCCGGGGCGUCUCCGUCCUCGCUGCCCUCUCACGCCUCCGGCCACCCGAAGGACCAGCCCGCAGCCCCCGGCCCGGCGUCGGCCUCGUCCGCGCUCUCCUCGUCCCCUCCGCCCCCGUCCGCUCUCUACCGCACCCAGUCUCCCCACGGCUACCCCAAGAGUCACUCGGCCUCCCCGUCGCCGGUCAGCAUGGGCAGGUCGCUGACCCCCCUGAGCCUCAAGCGGCCGCCCCCCUACGACGCUGUGCACUCCGGCAGCCUCUCCAGGAGUUCCCCCUCAGUGCCUCAUUGCACCCCCAGACCCGUGUCGCAGGACGGGGCCAGGAUGGUCAGCGCCGCGGUCAGCACGUGCGGCGCGGCGCAGAGCGGCUCCCGGUCCAGGACGCCCACGAGUCCUUUGGAGGAGCUGACCAGCCUCUUCACCUCAGGGCGCAGCCUGCUGCGGAAGUCGUCCAGCGGCCGCAGGUCCAAGGAGCCCGCCGAGAAAUCCUCAGAAGAGCUGAAAGUACGAAGCCACAGCACGGAGCCAUUACCAAAGUUGGACAACAAAGAGAGAGGGCACCACGGAGUGUCUUCCUCCAGAGAGCCUGUCAAAGCUCAGGAAUGGGAUGGAACACCGGGUCCACCAGUGGUCACCAGUAGAAUGGGCAGAUGUUCUGUGAGCCCCACCUUGUUGGCAGGAAACCAUGGUUCAGAACCCAAAGUAAGCUGCAAAUUAGGCCGGUCUGCAUCUACAUCAGGGGUGCCUCCUCCUUCAGUUGCUCCUCUCAGGCAAUCCAGUGACCUUCAGCAGAGCCAGGUGGCAUGCAUGCAGUGGUUUCAUGGGGACCAUACAAUGCUUGAGAUGAUUGAGAAAAAGCGUUGCUUAUGCAAGGAAAUAAAGGCUAGACAGAAAACGGAAAAGGGCCUGUGCAAGCAGGAUAGCAUGCCAAUCCUCCCCAGCUGGAAGAAGAAUGCGGGUGCAAAGAAGUACAGUCCCCCACCAUAUUCCACACAGCAGACGGUAUUCUGGGACACUGCCAUAUGAGCAUGUGCGCGACGGCAUGAGCUCCAUAUUGCUCCAUACAAGGAAGGAGGACUUGGUUUGGUGAUAAUUGUUACAUGUCUUCUCUGUAGAAAUGGAAUGUCACAGGAAGCUGUGCCCGCUGUGUGGCAAUUUCAAGAAGAAAUGUUUGUCCUUGCAAUUAAGGCACAAUUACUUAUCCCGGAUUAUUUUGAAUCCAAAAUAUAGUAAAUUGUAAAUAUUUUAUUAGUUUAUGGGUGACACCUGAGAUAAUAAUGCUAUACCUAUUUAAAUUACAGAAAGAGUUUAUUAUAAGAUAUAAUUUGGUAUUAACUGAUUUGUUAUCUCUUUUAUAUGUAAUCCCCAGAUGCCUUUUAUUAUUAUUUUUUUUUUGCAUUUAAAAUGUCUUCUUUUUUCUCCUGCUCUCACUUGGCUUCUGUAUAACAGCUCACAGUUUUCAAUAAUAUUCAACCACAUGAUAUAUGAUCUGGUGCUAGUAACAUAAAAGAUGAACGUCAUAUUUGUCAAGAACAUCUGCUGCUUUUAAGUAUUUAGUGGUCUGGUGGGAAAUGAACGCAAACAUAAUGUUGAAUUGGGCGUUCAUGGUACAGUGACGCCGGUGUUGCUGCUGCAGCGGCUCGGCAAGGACUUCUCUUGUGUGUCCUCAUGUUCGCUCUAAGAUAUGGGUAGUGAGGCUCCAGAGGUGGUUAGUAGGAUAUAUUUGGACAUCUCAGCAGAAAACAUUUCCUUCAGAAAAGACUUUAGAGACAUGCGUUCUUGCAUUGUUGAUCUGACUGGAGGAGACCAGGGUUCACUGUGACGAUGAAAGGAAGAAGGAACCAGAAGCUUAAGCCCAUGAUUGCUUUAAAGGGAGUAGGACCAGUGUCAUGGUAGCCGUACUGCCAUUACAUCUGAGGUGCAUUUCGUGGGCAUGAGCUUCCCCUUACAGACUGAGAACUAAACAUUCAAAUCGACUAAUCUAUGUAUUUUAGUAAACUAUGUGCAAAUCUUCAUAAAAAUUUAUGUCCAUUGGGCUGGAGAGAUGGCUUAGAGAUUAGGCUGUUGCCUGCAAAGCCAAAGGACCCUGGUUCAAUUUCCAAGAACCCAUGUAAGCCAGAUGCACAAGGUGGCACUUGCAUCUGGGUUUGUUUGCAGUAGCUGAAGGCCCUAGUGGGCCCAUUCUCUCUCUCUCUCUCUCUGCCUUUCUUCCUCUCUCUCUGUCAAACAAAUAAAAUAAAUAUUUCAAAAUUUAUGUCCAUUAGUGGGAAAAUAUAACUUGUAAAUCUUUUCAAGCAAGCUAUCACAUGUUGGGGGUUUUAAUUUUCCACACAUGACCAUCAUACCAAUUCUUACCGAUUAUGGCACCACAACCAAAGAAUUUUGACCACUUUUUUUUUUUUUAAUUUUGUUUCAUUGAAGAAACAGGAAAUGCAGGGGAUUGAUAGAGAAUAGGGUGGACUCCAUUUUAUGUAGUGGUGAAAUUUUAAGUUAAAAAUAUAGUAUAUAUCUUUUAAAAAUAACUUGUUGGUUGGAUACAAAUGUUGCCACAGAUAAAUGAAAAGGAAACUAUCACAUAUAUUUUGUAUAUUUAAAUUACUAUUUAUACUUCCUAAAAUUGACAGUAUGUGCUUCUUCAUUAACAAUCAAUUUAGUAUUAUAUUUCUGACAGGAAAUAAAGUAUGUGUUUGAAGUUACUGUCAUAGUAGUUUUCCUCAUAAAGGUAUUGACAGCAAUAGCCGUGUGCUGCUCAAUAAAACCAAAUAUAACAGGAGUUAGGGAAUUUUUGUAAUCUAUAUUAAUAAAAAACCUAGUAAUGCUUUAUCAGUGAUGCUUCUUUGAAGAGCCUUGGAAAUGGUAUAACAUAAUUUUUUAAUGUUUUAUAAUUAAUGUAUAUUUUGAUGUCCAAUUAUCACUCUGAGAAAAAAAAGGCAAAGGUAAGUGGGAGCGAGUGUUAUGUGACGUGAUGUGUGUGUGUUUGUGUGUGUGUGUGUGUGUGUGUGUGUGUGUGUGUGUGUGUUCAGUAGGAGAACUAUAUACAUAAUAUACUUACUGGAGUUUUAGGUUUUGCUUGUAUAAAUGAGGUGGUGGAAAACAGCAGAAUCAUAAAUACAGGAAGCACAGUGAGGUAUUAAGUAGCUUAAGUGAAUCCUGUUGCCAUGUUUCAUCAGCUAUAGAUUGUAUUUGAAGCCUAGCAAUCAAUGGAGCACAAGUCUAAGUGAUGAAAAAUUUGAAGAUAAAAUCACAAUUGAAAUAAAAUAUGUUUAUGGGCCAAAUUGUUAUCCUUAUUUAAAUUAUUAUAAUUAGAGGCAAUCAUCUGAACACAAGACAUCAUUUCUUGGCAUCUUUAUGACCCUGGUAGACAGACAUCCCAGCUAGUACAGUAAGGAUUCUCCCUCUUUAAAUUUAAGCUUAGGUGUUAUCUUCCUACGUAGCAUAUGUAGCAGGUGUAUUCUCAUAUAUUGAUAUUAUCUGUAUCACUCUGAAUUAAGCAGAAGUCAACUUUUGUUUAAACUGGUCAUGUAUCUAGGAGUAAACACAGGUAACAAAAUGACUUGUAUGGAACUUAGCCAUUCCUACUUUCAGUGUUAAAUUCACGCUUUUGCCACAUUCAUGAACUCCCUUUUCAAAUGUCAUAUUUUCUGAAGUGGUGCCUUGUUUGAAUAUUUGAACAAAGGAACCCAUUUCUCUUUAUUUCUCCAGACUUUUCCCCAUGUGGGAAGUAGUUGAAACAUCUGAAAUCAUGGCUAUGUUUAGAUUUGACUUGAGAAUUGUUGCUCUGUGCCUAUAAAACAUGUAAGUGUACACUAUGGCAAUCGCAAUUCUAGAGGCUAUUUUCCCUGUGUAAAGUGUUUCUCUGUGUAGAGAAAAUGAAGUCAAUAGUACAGAAAGAAAAACAGGCUGGCUCUCUGGAAGUAAUAAAUCUGGGCACCUGACCAUGUGAACUUGGUCAGCAGGUAGCCUACAGCCACAACUCCAUGUUAUGAUGAAGCUCGUAUUUCUAGCAUUGCCAAAAAACAAAUCAUAUUGCACCAUGAUUAUUAGGUAGAAAGAGCUCAUGCCUAUGAAAAAAAUGGUCUUUUCACAGCAAAUGUUAUAGAAACAGAAUUUUACUGACUAUUAUUAGCAAGAUGCCUUUAUAUUUGAAAUACUCUUAGUAGAGAAGAAACACAUUUCUUUCAAAACAAUGUUAGAAAGAAUAAAAUACUACAUUGUUUCCAAUCAUAGAGACCAGCAUUCUGGCAGAACUGUAAUAGAACCUCACAGAAACUCUGCCAGUGCCUUCCUCACUCAUGAUAUGAGAGUAAAUUUGUCAUGGAAAUUGACGGAUUUGUGGACAUCAAGGAUAACCUUCACUUAUAAAAUAAUUUAGAAAGUAAAACAAAACUUGAAAAGAUGGCAAUGUGUUGUUCUGAAACAACAAUUUUAUAGAUAAAAUAUCACUUUUCAAAAUAGUGACACUUGAAUCACUGACAGGUGACACAUUCUUCUAUGUAUGCUUCUAGGAAACAGGGAAACUGUUCACUUAUCACAUUGUAGCAUAGGUGUAGGUCUUGUCUACACACAGAAUUUAUUUUGAUUCUUUUGAGCAAGCUAAGUGACCAACUCAAUAACCAUGAACUGCCCCAGCGGGUUAUUGAUUUAACCAACCAAGUCAUCCAAGACAGUGAACAUGCAUACAGAUGCAAUGUUUAUAUCACUUAUACAUUCAACUGUCAAUUUUCUAUAGUACAGCUUGUAGGUUAAAUAUGUUUACAGGUGAAAUUGAAAAGAUUCCAAUAAUGUCAGCACUAUGUAAUCUAAGAUGAAAAUGAAUAUAGAUAGGAUAGACAUUCAAAUUACUAUUUGCUGUGCCCUGAACUUAAAUAGAAAUAAAAGAAAAAUGGUACAUAUGAAAUAUACUGUAACACUGUAACUCAUUGUAUCUUCCAGGUAUGGAAGACUAGGUAGCAAAUUGUAGAAUGUGGACAAAUAGUCAUCAACUCAUGGCUUUGAACAGUUCAUUUAUUUAGCAACUUAUGUCUCAUUUAUUUUAAAAAGAAGUUCCUGAAGUACUUUGAAUUAAAUGUUAAAAUAGAUGUGGUAUUUUCCUCCGAGUAAUUUAAUUAUGUGACCAUUUAUAUUUUCAAAAUAUAGCCACUUGUUUUGAAGAAGACCCAGUUACACGUUUGACAGUUCUUGUAUGCUUAUGUAGGGCAUUCUCCUGAUUUGUCAGAGUAAGUGUACAGUUAAAAAGGCUAACUGAAUCUAAAUUGAAUGUCUAAAUAUAAAAUAUGUUUAAGUGUAUCCUGUAUGUAAACAUACAACAUGUACUGCUGUCAAUGUUAAUCAAUAUGGAUAUCACUGUUUCACCUUGUUAAAUGUGAACAUUUUGGCUUAGGGAUUGGAUAAGUCAAAUCCCUUUAAUAUUUGGGUAAAUUAUAUUGUAACAAAAUGUGUAUGAUGUGGGGAAAUUAUUUGAUUACAUUUGUCUUUAAAUAUUAUAAGGUUUCCAAUUUAAAGGGAAACAUUUUCAAAGAAAUAUUAUUCAAUUUAUUCAGGCAAAUGGGUGAAAAUCUUUGAAAGUGUUCAGUUGUUCCCAAAUAUAACUGGGUUUGCCCACCCUAAAAGCAAGUAUAUACACACAUACAGAAUACAUACUGUAUAUAAUAUAUAUGAAAAUGUUUAGUAUGCACUUCUUUUGUUUGGAAAUACUUAACAUUUAGAGUGUAGCAAUUUGUGUCAUGUGCACUGUGAUCAUAAAAAAAAAUCAAAGCACAGUAAAGUCACAGUUCUGUUAUCUUGCACUAAAAGCGUGUUUACGUAUUUAGCAAUUGUAUGUUUACUUCCUUGAUUUUUCAAAUGAUUGAAACAAAUAGCUAUGAAAAAUGGUAUGAAAUAAUAUGUUUUUUAGUGGAUAAUGGCACUACAUUUUUAAAAGACAGGGUUUUUAAGAAAACCAUUUAACAACCAUUCCAACAACACAUGUUUACCAUAUAUAAAAUCUGAAUGUCAUAUUGCAUUUUUCAUAAAUCAUUAGAAAUGUCAGGUCUGUGCCUGGAAAUUGUGCAAAUAAGCAUUAGGUAACAUAUUUCUCUAUUCAUAUGUUAUUAGCCAUUUCUAUACAUAAUGAUAUAAACACUGAUGUUUUAAUGUCUCUUAAUUUUUGUACUUGAUUUUUUUAGGUAACAUG